AUGGUAGACGGCGAUGUUAUAUCACCGCCUGAAGAUGAGUUCGACGUCACAGCGACUGGCAUCAGGGCUAAGCGCUACACCACUACUAAAGUGGUGAACUGCAAGAAACGAUGGCGUGGACGGAGUAUCCAAGACAUCAUAUCUGUCGAAUUUGCAUUAGACUCCGAGUACAUUGAGAAAGCCUGCCGAGAGGGAUACCUCAGAAUCCGAAAAGCCGGGAAAAAUGCGGUACCCCAGCGGGCCAAACCAGAAAGUCUGCUCAAGAAUGGGGAGAGUCUAGUACACACGUGGAAGGCUGAGGAGCCCCAGGUUGAUUUCACUUGUGGGGAAACAGGGAUUGUUUUUAUCCGAGAAGAUUCUGCACGAGGGAUCGUUGCGGUACACAAGCCCGCCGGGCUUCCGACUCACUCAGGCGGCAAGUACAUGAGGACCUCACUCGUGCACAUCUUGGCUAGAGCCUUUAACCUCUCUACUAUACGCCCUAUCAACCGACUCGAUAGAGAGACCAGUGGAGUAGUCCUACUAGCUGCUGAUGCUAGUGUGCAUGAGAGGCUCAAGGAUAGGUCUCUACUCAGCAAGGUGCCAGCAUUAUGUCGCACUCCAAUAGCGGUCGAUCGUCACGUACCGAACCAGCCUCUCAUGUCACGAGUAGUGGAGGAUUCUACAAAUUCCACCCUAUGUACAACUCUAUUUCGUAACCUCGGUAACGGUGUUGUUGCUUGCCGACCAGUGACCGGUAAAACCCAUCAAAUUCGAGUUCAUCUGUCCCAUCUCGGGUUUCCCAUACAGGGCGAUACUCUAUACGGCGGAAGGAGCACUCCUGAGGGAAGACUCAGAUUACACGCUCAUUGUUAUCAAGUGAAAGAUCCCAAUCAAGCAACACUGCAAUAA